GCUGGUUUAAUUGAAGCAAAUGGAGAGCUCAAAGUAUUUGUUGAUCAGAAUCUCAGCCCAGCAAAAGGUGUAGUGUCACUGCUGGCUGUUCAUUCGUCAUCGGUUGGAAAGCAGCUCCUGCCAAAAACAUUUGGCCAGUCCAAUGUGAACAUUUCCCAACAAGUGGUUAUUGGCACACCACAGAGACAACCAAAUACCAUCUUGUUAGGAAGUCCCCAUACUCCAAGCACGCACUUUGUAUCACAAAACCAAGCCACAGACUCCUCUCCGUGGUCUGCGGGCAAGAGAAAUAAAAAAGGAGAGAAAAAUGGCAAGGGCUUACGUCACUUUUCAAUGAAAGUUUGUGAGAAAGUACAGAAGAAGGGCACAACCUCUUACAAUGAAGUGGCCGAUGAGUUGGUAGCAGAAUUUAGUUCAACUGAUAACCACAUAUCGCCAAAUGAAUCGGCUUAUGAUCAGAAGAAUAUAAGACGGCGUGUGUAUGAUGCCUUAAAUGUGCUUAUGGCAAUGAACAUUAUUUCUAAAGAAAAAAAAGAAAUAAAGUGGAUUGGUCUACCAACAAACUCUGCUCAGGAAUGUCAGAAUUUAGAGGUUGAACGACAAAGAAGACUUGAGCGAAUAAAGCAAAAACAGUCUCAGCUACAGGAACUUAUUCUACAGCAAAUUGCCUUCAAAAAUCUAGUUCAAAGAAAUCGUCAAACAGAGCAGCAAACAAAUAGAUCGCCUCCAUCCAAUUCAGUUAUACAUUUACCAUUUAUUAUUGUGAACACCAGCAAAAAGACUGUGAUUGAUUGUAGCAUUUCUAAUGACAAAUUUGAGUAUCUUUUUAAUUUUGACAACACUUUUGAAAUACAUGAUGAUAUAGAAGUACUAAAACGUAUGGGUAUGGCUUGUGGACUUGAGACUGGCAACUGUUCAGCAGAAGAUCUGAAGUUGGCGCGAAGCUUAGUGCCAAAGGCUUUGGAACCAUAUGUGACAGAAAUGGCUCAGGGAUCAAUCAGCAGUGUGUAUGUCUCCUCAACGUCAGGUGCAGUGUCAAAUGGACGCAGAUUUUCAGCCAGUGAUUUGACAACAGAUGGAAUGCAAGCAACCAGCUCCAAUGGAUCGCAGUACAGCAGCUCCAGGGUAGAAACACCUGUAUCUUACGUUGAGGAGGAAGAUGAUGAAGACGAGGAUGACUUUAAUGAAAAUGAUGAUGAUGACUAA